AGUUAAACUUCAACUCCCAGAGUGCACCGCGGCAGGGCUCCUUGUCUUCCAUUGGUUCGGCUCUCCGAGCAGCGGAGGCAGACAUGAGAGCUCGGCGGAGAGAGCUGCGGAGCUGAAAUGUAGCGCGCACACGGAGCAGCUCACACAACAGAGUGCAGUGCGGCUCAGGAAGAAGCUCUGCUCCGCUAAAGCUGAACCCUGCUCCGGUUGAAUGAAGGGCUCCGUCCAUGCGGAGGCUAGCGCUCAUUCUGCUGCCCUGUGCUGUCGCUGUCCUGGUGCACUUGUGGUUGGCACGACGACCCUCCUCCAGCCCGCCGGACAACAACACACACUCGGAUGAGCCACUGCCUUUCUAUGAACUUUUGGUGGGAGUGCUGUCAGCAAGACACCAUUAUGAACUGCGACAAGCGAUAAGAGAGACCUGGCUGGGAUACAUAAGAGAUCACCCCCUCUUCCAGAACAGAGUGGGGGUGAAGUUUAUCGUGGGUGAACAUGGGUGUCCCAUUCCAGAGGAGGACAGAGAGGAUCCCUAUUCCUGCUUCCUCUUGAACGUCAGUGAACCAGUGACAGGGCAGGAUGCAGAAAUAGAGAUUGUAAAGGUGUCCGACCCCUCGGAGCUCGCUCCCUCUGAUGUGAACGCCAUUGCUCUGGAUUUCAAGGUCCUCCACCCGGUGGUCAUCACCAGACUUGGGGUGUUUCCCAGCAGGACUGGGCCUGAGCUUCAGAGCAAUGUGACAGUGAAGCUUCUCCAGCUGGACCAGGAGGAGGCUGUGGUUACCGCUCGCUUCAGUUCCAUCAGCACAGGGACAUUAGCAAACUGGGUUUGGUACAAACCAGUGGAGCAGUUCAUUUUGCCCAAGGGUUUUGAGGGGACGCUGGUUUGGGAGACUCCCGACGCUGCUGCACUGACCACAAUCAAAUCCUCCUCCGUGAAGCUCAAUGAUGGAGGAGGUGUCCUAAAGUUCUCCUCUAUUGCAGAGGGGAUAUUGCCUCACAGAAGUGCUGUUGGAUUUCCUGGAUUGGCUGGAGGCUUUACAUUUACUAUUUAUGAUGGCGAAGGUCUGUCGGGGCUCCUGCGGGGCCGUCCGGCCAGGAUGGAGCACCAUGCCUCCAGGCUGAGGCAGGAGGACGCCACCUUGCAGGAGGAGAGCCUCAGGCAUGGCGACAUGGUGUUCGUAGACGUGGUAGACACCUACAGGAACGUGCCUUCCAAACUGCUUCAGUUCUAUAAAUGGUCUGUGGGAAACGCUGACUUUAAUCUGCUGCUCAAGACGGAUGAUGAUUGUUACAUCGACGUGGACUCUGUAUUAAUGAAAAUUGACCACAAGGGUCUCAAGCGCAGCAAUUUCUGGUGGGGCAAUUUCAGGCAGAGCUGGGCAGUUGAUCGCAUCGGGAAGUGGCAGGAGCUGGAGUACGCGAGUCCAGCAUACCCAGCAUUUGCCUGCGGUUCCGGCUACGUGGUCUCUCGCAACCUGGUCCAGUGGCUCGCUAGUAAUGCAGAGAAACUAAAGGCCUACCAGGGAGAGGAUGUGAGUAUGGGGAUAUGGAUGGCAGCUAUUGGACCACAGAAAUAUCAGGACCCCCGCUGGCUGUGUGAGAAAGAGUGCUACCUGGACAUGCUGUCGUCUCCACAACACACAGCCGAGGAGCUGCGCAUACUCUGGGACAGAAAGAGGAUCUGUGGAGACCCCUGCGGUUGUCCCUGGAACCACUGAAGGUGGUUCACAGCUGCACUGUGGGUAAAGGGCACUCAACACUGGUUGUUCAGUUUCUGUGAUUUCUUUUUUUUUUUUUUUUCCUAAAAUGCCAAACUGAGGCCAUUACUAGUUAUUAUAUUAUAUAAACACUUGAAAUGUGGGACUUUCUGUUGGAAAAUGAUCUUGAAAACUUUGCAGGUUAUAAUAUUAACACAAUAUUAAUGCAUAAAUCAUUCACAUCUGCAGAGUUUUUUUAAAACCCAUUUUGUUGUAGCAUCAUAUCAGUAAUUCCUGUCAUUCUUUGUUAAAUUCAACUAACAAAAGAGCAAAAAAUGUGAGAAUCUGUGGGUUAAAAUAUGUUUUAGCAAUGUAACCAUCAGAGAUGGACGAGAAUCAUGUACAGAGUUGUUGCGGUAAGACCUGAGUACCUUGUAAAAGUCUCAUUAUUGGUGGUAAAGAAUGGAUAAUAAGCAGAUAUUUGAUAUUUUAAAGAGUAUUCUACAUGUCUAUAUUUUGUAAAUUAUUGUCUAAAGCUUUUCAUCCUCUUCACUAUUUGUAGAUUUAUGACAACAAACACUCUUUGUACUGUAACUGUAAUUGUGAUAAAUGGUGAUGUGGCCUUA